AUGUGGGCCCCGACCCGUCUCCUCACAUCUCAGACCACGACACGCCUUAUCUAUCUCACAUCCCCGGGACAGGCCACGACACGUCUCGCGUUCACCAGUCUCAAAUCUACCCCGGCCACCCGGACACUUCUAAUCGCGGCACCUUUUGCUUGUAUAUCCACACUGAAGCUCCACUCCAGCAUUAUGAGCACACAGAUCCGACCAAUUGUUGUCAGUGGGCCCUCUGGAGGUGGAAAGAGUACAUUGCUGACUAAAUUGUUUGAUGAGUUCAAGGGAUGUUUUGCUUUCAGUAUAUCACAUACUACCAGAAAGCCAAGGCCCGGAGAAAUCAAUGGCAAAGAUUAUCACUUUGUCUCCAGGGAAGACUUUGAGAAGAUGAUAGCUGAGAACCAGUUCCUAGAAUAUGCGGAGUUCUCUGGCAACCUUUAUGGCACCAGCAAGAAGUCAGUGUCAGACAUCAGCAAGUCUGGACUUCUCUGUGUGCUGGAUGUGGAGAUCAAUGGAGUGAAAAGCAUCAAAAAGUCUGAUCUUCAGCCAACACCAAGGUUCAUAUUCAUUAAACCUCCCAGUCUGGAUGUUCUGAAAGCCCGUCUGGAGUCUAGAGGCACGGAAACACCAGAGAGCUUACAGAAGAGACUGGAUACUGCCAAAGAAGCACUGGACUAUGCCAGUGAACCAGGUGCGUAUGAUUAUGUGAUCAACAAUGAUAACCUUGAAGUUGCAUAUGAAACCUUCAAGAGCAUCCUGAAAGAC